UAAAUAAAUCAUUACAAAUGAAAUAUUCUCAAAAUUUUAAAAAUUUUGUGGAUGAAAUUAAGAUAAAUAUUUUUAAAUAUGUUAAACAACCUUUAAACUUGGCUUUAACUUGUCGAAAUUGGUCCGUUAUUGUUAAGGAUCCUUAUGCUAAAACCGAAUGGUUAUUAGAAAAUUAUGGAGAAGAAAAUGCUUUAUUCCAUGUUGUUAGAUUGGGCAUCACUUUUAUUGAUAUGUCGAUAUGUCAAUCUUUAAUCCAAAGAAAAGUGAUUACAUCAAGAUAUUUUAUUCAAAUAUUGUUAAAACAUUUUAGGGUAUAUAAUCAGAAAUUGGUUGAACUUAGAAUAAAGCAUAAUUUUAAUAAAUUUGGCGCCAAUAUUAAUUAUACCUUUCAACAAACAAUUAAUCCACCUUGGGCAAGAAAUUUGCUUAUAUUUAUUUUCACUUAUUUAUUAAAUGAAGGACGAUCACCCAAUUCUAAGAAAGAUUUACUUUCAAAUAAUAUGGAGUCCACAUUUAACCCUCGCAUCAGUAGUGCUUUUUCUGAGAUGUUAAGAAAUAAUUUAAAAGAAAUCGAAGAUUUGUUAAAUAAACUCAUCUCAAAAUCAUCACUCCUAUUGGAUUCUAACAAUUCUCCUUAUGCUCAUCAACAAUUAUUAUUUUCCGAAAAAUAUUCGUUUGAUGCAAUAAAGUAUUUUGAUUCGUUACAAGAAGAAAGUUUAAUAAAACCUUUAACCAUUUUGCCUCUUUUCGUUAAUAAUGUUGGAAUAUCUAAAGUGCAAACUCCCUCAAGAAAUUUUAACCAAAGAAUACGAGAUCAACUUACAAGACGAAACACGAAUAGAAUAUGUAAAAUAUAUAGAAGACGUAGAAGACGGCCUCAAUUUAAUGAACACGAAAUAACAUUGAAUAUGAUUGUCAAUCUUUCCCAACAAACUUCAAAUGACCCAUUGGUACAUCAGUUUUUCAACGGCUCUUCGUUUAUUUAACUAAUAGUAAAAUGACAUAGAAAAUUAAUUUUCAAUCUUACAAUUAUAUCUACAUAUAUAUAUGUAAUAAGUCAUUAUAAUAAAAUAAUUAAAU